AUAGUAGUCAGCACCGUAAGAAGAUUCAGUGGGAGAACACUUGUGGACCUGGGGUCUAACGACGGGAAGUACUUAGUGUAAAGCGGUAGGCGGUGAUGAGAGGCAGAAAGCAUUACACAAGGGCAAGGCUAGCCCAAUCCAUAAAAAUCCUAAACAAACCCAAACAGGGACUGACAUCCCUGGCACAGAGACACAGUUGGAUAACACCAGGCCCUAUCUGCUGAAGCAACAGAGCCACCCAGAGGUUCCCACUUAAGCAGCGCAAUCAGCAUAGGCAGGCCAGCUCUGGCCAGCUGACCAAGCAGGCAGCAAGCAACACAGCAGGUUAAGAGGGCCAUCAGGUUAGGUUGGUUAAGAGGGUCUGGUCUGAGCUCCAGGAAAGCACAUGGUGAUGAUCUCAGGGCCAACAGCUCUCCCUCCCCCUCCCAACUAGUGCACAGGGGCGUGUCCCCAACAUGGUUUCUCAUCAUAUUUUACAGUCCAUCCAGGUCUAUAAAUGCCCUUCCUCCUGUGGCCUGUUAGAACUUACGUUUAAGUGGGUUCUCCUCUUUCUUAUCUGAUGUCUCCAGCUGAACUCAUAACUCCCCUGCUUUCCCUCUGCUUCCACAGUGCAAUGUUCCCAUCACCGGGGUCAGGACCCAGACUCCUGGAUAGUUCCCUCUCUGGACCUGCCUUAGGCAGAGGAGGAAUGCUUCUGAUCAGCAACGCCUCAGCUGGCCCUAGACUACAACACACAUCUUUGAGACAUUGCUUGAAGACCUCAAAGGAAGCCGCCAGGGACUAGUAAUCCCAUCGGACCAGUUUGCGAGGUGCCUGGGACUGCUCAGAGCUGCCCAGAUAAGCAGUGACAGGAGGGAAAACAGGAAGCUCUGGUCCCAGGGUCUGCAGACAGAGAAUUGGGGCUAACAGCCCAACCUGCUCUCACACUUCUGAUAGGCCUGGGAGGAUGGGGAAGGGUGCAGGAGCUGGAUGGGAGAACAGCGCUGUCUGCUCCAAACAGGUGCCCCAAACAAAGCUGUGUCACCUUGUCCUCUGGGGGCACCUGCAAGCUUUGACAAGUGGGAUCCAGCAUGGGGCAGGAAUGUCCUUUCUGCAUUUCUGGUCUCUGUAUUUAUUGUCAUGUCUCAGUAUCAAACACAGGUUGUCAGUGAACUGGGUCUCAGAACAAUCACUCGGCUUGCUGGCUUUUGCACACGGCUUGAGCUAGGUACAGUUUGAAGAUUCCUCUGCAGGGCUGUGGUCACUUCUCUGUGAGUCUCUGCAAGCCACUCUGGGAAACUACCCCUCCCUGAGGAAAAACAGCUUCUUUCUCUCCCAGCUCCAACCACCUGGAAGAGAGAAUAAGAUUCCUGGGUGGGGGCAGGGCUGCCUCCCUGGGCACCAGCCCUUGCCGCUGGCUCCUUUUCUCAAGCUUGGGAAGAGUGAAGUAAGGAAAGACGAGGUGGGAAGGAUGGGAGGACUGUAGGUGUGGGUGACGGUGCCAGGUCUGUGGAGGAAAAAGCCUGAGGCGGGAAAGAGAGGAAUAAAAACCAGAAAAGUCUUGGUGGAGAAGGAGGGGCUUCAGGGCUGGAAUAUCUCAGGCUCCUCCUGGACGAGCUGAAGGAGGGGCAGCAGGGAACCAGAGGUUUUCCCUCUGACAUUCAGAGUCACAGUCAGAAGGCAUUGGUUCCUGCAAAAUUCAAAAGUUUGAGGAUCGUGAAGGGGUGCCACAUACCACAGGGACAGCUUCCAGAGACUCGACAUGCAGUGGACGCUGCUGCUGCUUCUGCAGCCACUGCUCCCACUGCUGAUGUUGCGGAGCCAGAGCCUGGCGGGACUUUCCCAGGAGACAAUCCCCCUCUUCCGACUCACUCAUCUGGGACCCUGGGACAACCACAACAGCCACGCCACCGACUCGCCCUGCCAGGGGCUCCCCUCCACGGGAGCCACGAGCCUGACCCUGGCAAACCAAAGCCUGGAGCGCUUGCCCAGCUGCCUGCCUCACACGCUGCGCAGCCUCGACGGCAGUCACAACCUGCUGCAAGCCUUCGGCGGGCCGGAGUUCAGUCGCCUGCCCGAGCUGCGCGUGCUCACCCUGAACCAUAACCGCAUUUCCACGCUGCACUGGGACCACGGCAUGCCGGCCGAGCUCACCGAGCUCGACCUCAGCUACAACCUACUGGCCGCGCUGCCCCCCUGCUCCGGGCCCCCGGUGCGCAACCUGCGCUCGCUGAUGCUGGCCGGGAACCCACUGAAGGCGCUACAGUCACGGACCUUCGCAUGCUUCCCGGAGCUGCAACUGCUCAACCUCUCCUGCAGCGAGUUGGGGCGCAUCGCCCACGAGGCAUUCGCCCGGGAGGACGGCGGGCCCCUGGCGGCGCUGGAAGUCUUGGACCUGAGCGGCACGCGCCUUGAGAGAGUUGAGUCUGGGUGGAUCAGAGACUUGCCACAGCUCAAGUCCCUCUACCUGAGAAAGAUGCCCAGGCUAAAGGCACUAGAGGGAGACAUUUUCAAGAAGACUCCCAACCUGCAACACCUGGAUUGUCAAGAAUCCCCAGCGCUUACUUCUGUCAACACAGAGAUCUUUCAAGACACGCCUUGUCUACAAGUCCUUCUGCUGCAGAACUGCAACUUGAGCUCUUUUGGUCCUUGGAUUGUGAAUUCCUCCCAGGUCUUAUCUGUCGGCCUUUUUGGCAACCCUCUCACUUGCAGCUGUGAACUGGCUUGGCUUCUCGAGGAUGCAAACAAAACGGUCUUAUACAGGGCACUAGAUACCAUGUGUGAGCCGGCUCCAGGAGCCGAGGGCCCCUUCUCUGGCCCUCUCUCCCUCACCCAGCUGUCUACCGUGUGCAGGUCAGACCAAAGCACCACCCUCAUGGCUUCAAACCUGCCCCACUUUGAUCAUCCAGUUUCUGCACCGCGGACACAGGGGCCUUCCAUUGGACAGAGCACGACCCUGUCCGCUCAGCCCGGAGGAAGCCAGCAAAAUAUCACUAAGGUCUCUUCCCACACCGUGGCUUCUCUUACACAAGGGUCACAGGUGCAUAGCGAUACUCCAGAGGAAGCUACCCAGGCCACUGCUGACUCUGUGACUGUUCACAGCCCCUCCAGGGCUCGGCCUGGUGCUGCCGGCACCGGGGCAGAACAUAUUCCCACACAUAUCCCUGAGCCCGGUAUCUCACCUGCCUCCACCACACUGCCUGGCAAACACCUUGGGCCCUGGCCUACUUCACCAAACCCCAGGAGAGUCUCUCAGACCAACCAGAGGACACAAGCCACCACCGGGGUUCUCCGCACACAUCCUCCGCAAGACGAGAUCCCAGUCUUGCUGUUAGAUGACAACAGUGAGGAAGAGGAGGAGACUCAGCAACAGGUGGCAGCCCCUCACCAGGAUGUCUCUUGCGAUUACCACCCCUGCAAGCAUCUGCAGACCCCAUGUGCAGAGUUGCAGAGGCGCUUCAGAUGCCGCUGCCCUGGCCUCAGUGGGGAAGACAGCAUCCCAGACCCUCCCAAGCUGCAGGGGGUUUCAGAGAUGACCGACACAUCAAUGCUCGUUCACUGGUGUGCCCCCAACUCAGUGGUGCACCGGUACCAGAUCAGCUACUUGGCAGAAGGAGGAUCUGGGAAUCAGUCAGUAAUGGACAUCUAUGCUACAGCCCGGCAGCACCCACUGUACAAGCUGUCACCAAGCACUACCUACUAUGUGUGUGUACAGGCAGCCAACAGGGCUGGCCUGAGCCAGCCGCAGAUCUCAGGCUGGAAGAGGUCAUGUGCUUCCUUCACAACCAAGCCCAGCUCUGUGGUCAUCUUCUGGGGACUGUGUACCUCCAGUGGCCUGUUACUGGUUAGCACCCUCGUGCUCUCUGUGUGUCUCUGGAGGCAGCGCUGGAGGCCACACAGGCAGUUCUAUGACACUGACCUGGUGGCCUUCAAAAACCCGGCCAGGGCUGAGGAAGUAACUCAGUGGUAGUGACUUACCCAUGCACAAGGUCUUGGAUUUAUCCCCAACAUCAAAAUCAGACACAUUUGAGGCCUUGGAUUAAUCUCUAGCAGCCAAAUGAAACAACAGGCCAGCCUUUGACCACCUGCUGAGGCUCCAGACCUGCAAUUAUCCCAGCUUCUUUUUUCCAGUCAAACAUCUGCAUGCAGAAAUUGUGAUCUAAUACCUAAAACAACCACAAGUUGUACAUUUCCCAAAGUCUAGACGUGGUCUUACUUGCAACCCAUACUGGCCUCAAACUCAGACCCUUCUGUCUCUCUCUCCAAAUGCUGGGGUUACAAGAGUUUGGAGAGGAGGCAAAAUUGAACCCACAAACAGUGUUUAUUUC